CUUCCAGCUGCUUCUUGUGUGUUGUACUUCUGAAAGGGCCAUCCUUUGUUUUUAUUCGUAUUUCUUUGCAGGAAGAGAGGAUUUAAUGGAGCAGCAACAACUGUUGUGGAGAUGGAGAUGGAGGUGAAGGCAAUUCUAAUUUCACAUUGUUUUCUUUACCCUACUCAUCCGGAAUCAACCUCGGGUCAGGUCUUUGUGACACUUUGAUGGAGGCACUGUGCAUAUGUACGUCUGAAACUGUAAAUGAUAUGCAACAUUGUCUUUUAAGAGCGCCUUCUUGACUGAGAAAUUAGAGCUAAAUUUCAGCAACUUUUCGGCAAUUUCAUAUGCAAAUAAAAGUCCAAUUCAGCUGUGCAUUUCUCACAAGCAUAUAUGCCAUUCCAAUAGAGAGAGGGAGGAAGAGAGAGAAAGAAGAAAGAUGGCAGAUGCAGCAGUGGAAUUCCUGCUGGAAAACCUGAAACAGCUUCUUCUGUAUCACGCCAAUUUGAUCCAGGAUGCAAAGAAUCAAGUGGAAGACCUGGAGAAGGAUCUCCGCCUGUUCAAAGCCUUCUUAAAGGACUCCACCAAAAACCGCAGCAAGGAUGAGACUGUGAAAGUGCUGGCUGCUGAUAAGAAGUCCUCAAAUUACUUUAAGAAGUUUGUUCGCACUCCAGCCAAUCUCAUCAGUGUGGCCAAAGAUGUGGAGAAAAUCAGAGCUAAAGUUAAAAGUAUAUUGGACCGGGACAGGGUUGACUUGGCCAACAGGGAAACAAAUCCUUCUGAGAGAGAAGCAGCAGAAGAGAUCAUCAAGAUUCCAAAGGUGCGGGAAGAUAACAUUGUAGGUUUCGACGAUGAGGCCAAAACUAUAAUCACUUAUUUGAUGGAAGAGAGCGAGGAACUUGAUGUAAUCUCCAUCAUUGGUUUGCCUGGCCUUGGGAAGACCACACUUGCUGGCAAGAUUUUCCGUGAUCCGAAAAUCCAAUUCGAAUUUCCUACUCGCAUAUGGGUGUAUGUUUCUCAGGAAUUCAAAAGGCGGGAUGUGUAUGUUGCCAUUUUGAGCAAGUUCAUUAACAACACAGACAAUCUGAAGCACAAGAGCGAUCAGGAGAUAACCCAACUACUUCAAGAUCAUCUCCAAAAGGGCAGAUUCCUGAUUGUUAUGGAUGAUGUUUGGAGUGCCGAUGCCUGGAUUUAUCUGAGAGAUGCCCUUCCAAAGUCUAAUAAAAGUGGCAAAAUCUUGAUUACAAGUCGGACUGAAGAAGUUGCACUGGAGGCUAACCGGAAUAGACAUCCAUACAAGCUGCGUUUCCUCACAUUUGAGGAAAGCUUUUUGCUACUUCAAUUGGAGGUGUUUGGAAGGCCCGGUUGUCCCCAGGAUCUCGAAACAUUCGGACAGCUUAUUGUCAUGAAAUGUGGUGGUCUACCUCUUGCAAUAGUAGUGAUUGGAGGUAUCUUGGUGAAAAGAUCUCUGUCUGGAGAUCCAAUGGCCAGGAGACAUACAUGGCGAAAGGUGUCUGAAAGUGUGCCUACCUAUCUCAAGGAAGAUCCCAAUGUGGAGAGUAUUAUCGCUUUGAGUUACAACAAAUUGCCUUAUUACUUGAGGCCGUGUUUUCUGUAUCUCGGAAUGUUCCCUGAGGACUUUGAGAUACCAGUUUGGACAUUGACGAGGUUGUGGAUAGCAGAAGGAUUUAUUCAGCAGAAAACAGGCAUAACUCUGGAACAAACUGCUCAAGACUACCUGGAGGAGUUGGUUAACAGAAACCUGGUAAUGGUCGACAAGAUGAGCACGGAUGGUAAGAUCAAAUCCUGCCGAGUCCACGACACUCUACGUCAGUUCUGCAAGAAUGAAUCAAGUAGCGAGAGGGAGAACUUCUUGCAGGAAGUGAAGAGGACUGCUGGAGGAGGAUUUGAGCCUUCCAAUACAAAUAUAGAAAGCUACCGUCGCCUCUGCAUCCAUUCCAGCAUUGUGGACUUCAUUUCGUCGCCCCUGCUCUUUGGUCCACGGGUACGUUCAAUUCUGUGUUCUUCCAAGGAAGAACCAUUCCCCUUGCCUCUAGAAAACGCUUCAUCUAUACCCACGGCGUUCAAAUUGCUUAGGAUUUUAGACGCAAAGUCAAUCAUCUUCACCAAAUUCCCCCGGGACAUGGCUCACUUGGUCCAUUUGAGGUAUAUUGUUCUGUCAAGCAACUUCAAGGUCAUUCCUGAAGCCAUUGCCGAGCUCUGGAACUUGCAAACCCUUGUUGUCUACACCUCAGUGCGUGUUCUGGAAAUUAAAGCAAACAUAUGGAGGAUGCUUCAGCUGAGACAUGUGAAGACGAAUGCAUCGGCUAUACUGCCCAAGAGAGGGAAAACUACAAAAGAAUUAGGCGAGAAGCUUCAGACACUGGGGACAGUUUCGCCGCAAAGCUUCACAGAUGAUGUGUUUGACAGAUUGCGAAGCCUGCGGAAACUUGGCAUUCGGGGACUCUUAGUCUCCCUCUUGGAUGCCAAAGGAAUGGACAAACUCGACAACCUUGAAAAGCUGAAGCUGGUGAAUGAUUUGUACAGUAGCCCAUCAUCUGGUGGUAGACUUCCAAGACUUCCGGAACCUUACAGAUUCCCUCCCAAGCUUAGGAGCCUUACGCUAUGUUCGACUUACUUGGAUUGGGUCCAUAUGUCGACAUUGGGAAUGCUCGACACUCUUGAGGUGCUCAAGUUAAAGGAAAAUGCUUUCGUGGGGAAAUGCUGGGAGGUGAGCACGGGGCACUUUCGUCAUCUUGAAGUGCUGCACAUCGAGCGCACGGAUUUAGGUGUUUGGAAAGCUGAGGCUAAUCACUUUCCAAGGCUGGAAUGUCUGGUGCUGAGGAACUGCGAAGUGCUUCAGAUGAUUCCUUACAAGUUGAGUGAGGUUCAGUCCUUCCAAAGGUUGGAUCUAAAGCGCGUCACGAAAUCUGCAGCCGCGGAUGCUAGGAAGAUUGAAGAGGCGAAGAACAGGCAACAGGACCAAGAGCUAGAUGCUAACAAGAGAAUUAAAUUCAGGCUCUACAUUGCUCCUGGCGACGAAUGAUCAAAGGGAGGAUCGCAGGCGCAGGAUGUUUUAGGGAGGAAUGCACGGGCACGGGCACGAGCAUGAGCAUGAGCAUGCAUACACGGUGAGUCUGCCUGUCUUUCGCUGUUGUUUAAUGACAGGCUCUUAACACACUAACCCUAUCUUCUGGGGUUAUUUGUUGUGUGAACUAACUAACCACACUCUAUGGAUAUUGUCAUUUGGUUGUUUGUGGUGUGGAUCCUGAUGAGAACACAACCACAUCCACAACCUUAAUUAUUAUUACCUUCCAUGUUGUACAUAAAAUAUCAAAUUAAAAUAUAUUUAAAUAAAAACAAUUCAAAUUCAAACAAA